AUCCAUCCAUCCACUCGUCCAUCCACUCAUCCAUCCAUCCACCCAUCCAUCCAGCUCGAUCUUGCUCGGCGCUGUCUUUCCCGUCUUGACUGCAAACCCCCAUUCGCGUCGCUUGCUGCUCCCGCAAUACACAUCGCUGGGGCCAACCUAUCCAUCUCCAUUGCACUUCACGCAAUACACGCCUGUCUCGCCGACCAGAGCACGCUGCCAGCUGUCUCUGUCCCCUCCCUCCCCUUCUCUGCUCGCUUGUCUAUCGGGCUGCCCAUCCCUUAGUCUUUCCUCAAACAUCCCGCCCGCACAGAUCGCCGUCCUCCAUUCUCCUUCUGCUACUCACCAAUGGACCUUCCUCCAGUCUCUUCCGAUUCCCUGCUUGGGCCGGAGCCGCGCAUGAUUCCAGCCAGUUCUGCGGCACUGCUCGCUGAGGUUUCGGGGUCGCUCGUCCAGCCAAUCCCCACGGCUGGCGAUCGGCAAAGCGGCCCCGAUCAUCUGCUUCCACCCAUCCACUUCGCUCCAGGUCCAGGUUCAGGUCCAGGUCCAGGUCCAGCUCGCGACUCCCAUCUGGAUCCGUCCGAUGUGUAUGAGCCAGAAGAGUAUGAGGAAGAAGUGUCGAGCGGGUACAUUCUGCCGUUGCUGAUGCAAACGCCCUCUGCUGUCGGCACUCUUGCCCAUGGCCCCGCCGACGCCUCGCUCGGCUGGGCCGCCGGCAAUGCCCCCGGCCAAGCCUAUGCUGCCAGUCACGGCCAUGCCGGCAGCAGCAGCCAGAACGGCGCCCUCCUCCCAGCAGGUCGCCAAGGAGGCGGACUCUCAGAACCCCCCGCUGCCCCAAAACCACGACCUCCUCCCCACGGCGAGCCGAGUGUUGUCUCCAAUGUCCAGCCCCGUCCUCGUCCCGGCACCGAUGCCCAUCUCAAUGCGAAGCCGCCGGGCAGCGAUCCCUCCGAUGCAAGCGAAACGUGUGAUCCGCACCAGUUCCAUCCCCACCACACUGUCCAAUUCGUGGCACCGCCCGGAGUCAUCUCCACGUUGCCAUACGGCUGCAGAAUGUUUAUCGGAAACCUGGCCUCGGAGCACACCAGCAAGAGCGAGCUGGCCUUGAUUUUCGCCGAGUACGGCAACAUCAUUGAAAUCUCGAUCAAAGACUCCUUUGGCUUCAUCCAGUUUGACAACCCAGAGUCCUGUCGCGCUGCCAUGGCCGGUGCCAAUGGCCGGAUCGUGGGCGGCCUGAGCCUAGAUCUCAAGCUCUCCAAAGACAAGGGGCGCCGUCGCCCUCCGAGCCCCCUCCGCCAUCAUCGCAGCGAUCGACCAGAGCCGGCUCCGCGUCGGCCCGACCGCGAGCGGCCCCGGGACAACCGACCAGGUCGCGAACGAGACCCCCACGACUAUCCUGAGCGCGACCGGCACGCUGGCCCGCGCGGACGGGUCUAUCGGGAGGACUCGGAUUCGGAGCUCGACGAUCGGCUGCGCUACGAACGGAGGGACAAAAGCCCUCGAGGCGGAGCCGGCCGUCCUCGUCGGCGCAGUGCCUCUCCGCCGCGGUGGGGCAGCGGACCCCGACGAGACCUGAAAUACGAUCGCGACGUUCGUAUCUCCCUCCCCUCCGAGUUCCCGCUGCCUCGGCGAUACGGCCCUGACGUGCCGGACUGCCAAGUGAUUGUCUUGGAUGAAAUCGAUCGUAACUUUAUCUGGCAGCUCGAGGGACUCAUCAAGAAUGCCCGGUUCAAGGUGGAUACGCUCUUUUUGUCCCCCAAGCUGCCGCUUCGUGGCGUGAUCUACCAAAUGAAGGCCGAAGGCGUCCGAUCCGUGAUUCUUCUCGAGCGCCAGCACGAGCGGAACGGCCUGUUUUCGAUGCAGCUGUUCCACGACAACGGCUCGUUUACUUCGCACGAGCAAAUCGACGGCCCCACAGCCGUUCGUAUCCUUCAAGAUGACCGCAACGCCCGUCAGCACCCGCGGCUCCCCGGUUCUGGCGCAAAUCUGCCCAAUACUGCCGCGCCGCCUGCUGCAGCCAACCUGGGCGGUGUACCGCCAAGCCUGCUCGCCUCUCUGAACAUCGACCCCCAGACCUUCUCGGCUGCCUUGAACAUGCUGCAGCACAUCCAGUCAGGCACGGCCAAUGCGUCUGCGCUCAAUCCAAGCCCACUUGGUCCCGGCGCAGCCAGCACAAAUCCCCUUGGCGUCAAUCCCGUCAGCGCGCCCAUCAAUCCAAAUCCUCUGGGUGCCAGUCUUUCCGGUGCUAGUCCAGUCGGUACCAAUCCCUUGAGCCAGUUACUUGGCGCUCUGGCUCCCGCAGCCGGCAGCCAAGGCAGCAUGCAACCAGUGGUUUCUGCGCCUCCGAGUGGACUGCUUCAGCCCCAGCCUAUUCCGUUGACAGUGCCCAUGCAGCCUCGGCCAUACGCAGCACCGAGCAGCAACCUGCCACCACAGCCGGUCACAUCCGGCCCCGCUAACCCGCCCGAUCUGCAGGCAAACAUUGCAUCGCUGCUGUCCAAUCCAAGUCUCAAGCAACUUCUGCAGAGCGCCUCCGGUAUACUCGGCCCUGGUGCUGCUCAAGAUCAGCGUGGCUCGUCAGGUCCUGCAGCCGUACCGGUGUCGCUAGGGAUGCAACAGCAGCAGCAACAGCCACAGCAGACACAGCAGACGCAGCAACCAUCUGGCCCUGGCUAUCCCGGGGUGUCUCUGCCCCAGCAGCCGCAGCUGUCGAAUCCAUAUGCCCCGAGGCCACCGCUCCCAGGACAGCCCGGCGUUUAUGUACCACAGCCAGGACAGCAGCCACCAGUCUAUGCCAGUGCACCACCUGUACCAGGACAGCCAGGAUUCCAGGCGAGACCUGGACCUCCUCCGCCCCAGACCGGCUUCAAUCCACCCACAACACAUGCCGCCGCCGCCGGGCUGGCAGCCUCCGCUGAGUCGGUCGGAGACAUUCUCGAGCGGCUGAAACAGAUCCAGAACAUGCGUACCGGCACGCCGGGAACAGUUCCGCUGCUUGGCAAGCCUGGAGGCGAUGUCCCGCUGGGUUUCCAGGCCGCCCAGCCCGCCCAACCUCCCCUCGGCUCCUCGCUGUCGCCAUUUGGAUCUUUCCAGGCUGCCCAGGCGCCGCCUCCACAGCCGCUACAGCACUCUCAGCAGCAACAGCAGCCACAACAGCCGUUUCCGCAGUAUCAGCCGCCACCACCGCGCCAGCAGCAGGCCGGAAUGCCAGGCUUUGCUCGGCCGCCCUUCAACCCAGGCUCGGCACCGCAUGCGCAUGGGUACGGCGGCCGAAAUCCGGGCGGUCCAUAUGGCCGCCACUAAGCCGGGCUUGUCCGUAUACGAUAUAUGGAGGGAGGGAAACUCACCUGCAUCCGCCAGCGUGAGAAAGAGAAUGACAGACAGGGUUUCUGAUGAGAAGAAAUACAGCACUAGAUCGUUUCCUUUUGAC